UCCCUUUACCGAUAUUCUCCGUCCGCUGCCUCGCAUACGGCCUGUCUAGUAUAUUAUUAAUCCGUAGUUAAUACUUGAUGGUUAGAUGUCCGGUCUUAUUUUUUGCACUUUUGUUUAUUAAUUGAGGAAAUCCCUUGUAAUAUGAGUUACUUGGGCUUGAUUUCGCCGUUCUGCAGAUUAUCGGUAGCCGGUGGAGCCGUGUGCUCAAUCAGAACGAUAACGACGAAUCUAAGUCCUCUGUUUUUUAAAGCGACAAGCGUGCUGCUAGGCGAACCAUUGAAGAAGAAGAAGAAGUUGGAUCCGAUGAUAGUAAGACAGCGCGAAGAGAAGCGUAAAAGAAGGCUUGAGAAGCUGAUCAAAAGGAUGGAAAAAGGUGCUCUGCAAUACAAACCAAUUGAGGAAUGCGAAGUACCGAUGAAGCUCAUAGAUGAAAAAGAUGAACGCAUGAGACACUUGCCGCCAAUCUCUGACGAAACAACGGAUGAAAGAGAGUUGCUAAAAAAAGCCUGGUCCCUGUACAAACUUCGCCAACACUAUAGGCUCAUGAGGAUGGUCGACCGAGUCUUGGGGUCUCACCAAAAAGCUCUUGAUGAGCUAAAGAUGGAGUCUGAAGAGCUCUACUUGGAAGCGAUACAAGUGGACCUGAAUCUGGUCCCCUAUUCAUCCAGAGGUCCGGUUUCAACUCCCCCCAUAAAGAAUUACCCAAGUCCAGACGGCGAGUAUCAAGAUAUUUCAAAAACCUGGGGUUGAGGCGCCUGACGUGUUAGAUGCUUAAUUUAUCGCAAGUAUAUUCUCUAUUGUACUCAGUUAGCGAAUGUUGUAUCAUAAUAAACAGUUGGAAGAGUA